AGCUGCCGCAGAGGCAGAGCCCCACAACACCCCACUCUCCACCACCCUACUGCAGUAGUGCAGUACUGCUGCCACUCCGGCCGGACCGGGGAGAGAUCGUCUCCGUCUCUCUCUCUCUCUCAAAAAAAAGAGAUCAUUUCCGUCUCGAUUCGGCCACCCUACCUAACGCCGGCAGCCGAUUGCGAGCUGCCGCCGUAAGGGAAGACGCGAAGUGGCUUUGCUUUGAUGGGGUUCGAUGGGCUGGUGGUGGUGUCCGACCCUUACCUGCAGCGGCGCUUCACGCAGACCGACCUCCGGGCGCUCCAGCAACAGUACGCGGGGCUGCGGGAUGCGGCUCCCACAGGCAGGCUGCGGCUGCGGGACCUCCCCGCCGCUCUGACCAGCCUGGGGAGCGCCACCGCUACGUCCGGCGAGAAAGAGAACAGCUCGUCGGAGACGGAACUCACCGAGGAGGAGUGGGCCUCCGUGCUCAAGGCCGUUGCCCGCGCCGACGAGAAAUCGCUGCUCGACGACGUCAACUUCGAGCUCUUCCUGCGUGUUUACUCCGAGAUGCAGCUGCGGCUCAAGGGAGGGAAGGCCGGCGACGGCGGCGGCGGAGGCAUUAGACGAUCAUCCUCCACGUCGGCCGCCUUCCUCACGGCGUCCACCACCACGCUGCUGCACACCAUCAGCGAGUCCGAGAAGGCCUCCUACGUGGCGCAUAUCAAUGCAUACCUCGCGGAGGAUCCGUUCCUCAAGAAAGCGCUCCCUGUUAAUCCAACCACUGAUCAGCUCUUCCACCUCACCAAGGACGGCGUGCUCCUAUGUAAGCUCGUCAACCUAGCCGUGCCGGGGACGAUCGAUGAGCGCGCCAUCAACACCAAGAGGCUGCUUAACCUAUGGGAGAAGAACGAGAACCACACCCUCUGCCUCAACUCUGCCAAGGCCAUCGGCUGCACUGUCGUCAAUAUCGGCACGCAGGACCUCGCAGAGGGGAGGCCUCAUCUUAUCCUAGGGUUGAUAUCUCAGAUUAUCAAGAUACAACUAUUGGCGGAUGUAAACCUGAAGAGCACACCUCAGUUGGUUGAAUUAGUUGAAGAAAGCGAGGAGAUGGAGGAGCUUAUGAGCCUUUCUCCUGAAAAAAUACUACUUAGGUGGAUGAACUUUCAGCUGAAGAAAGGAGGUUUCCAGAGAACAGUAACAAAUUUUUCAUCGGAUACAAAAGACAGUGAGGCUUAUGCUUGCUUGUUAAAUGUCCUGGCUCCUGAAUGCAGUGCUAAACCAUCUCCAAUGUCAGUAAAAGAUCUUCUUCAUAGAGCAAGAUUAGUUCUUGAGCAUGCAGAUAGAAUGGGCUGCAAAAGAUAUCUGGCUCCAAAAGACAUAGUUGACGGUUUACAAAAUCUAAAUCUUGCUUUUGUGGCUCAUAUUUUCCAAAAAAGGAAUGGGUUGUCCAAACAAAUGAAAAAAGUAACGUUUGUGGAUGGAUUAUUUGAUGAUGCUCAAGUUUCAAGGGAAGAAAGGUCAUUUAGGCUAUGGAUUAAUAGCCUUGGAAUUUCCAGUUAUAUCAACAAUGUAUUUGAAGACCUUAGAAAUGGAUGGGUGCUCCUUGAGGUCAUGGAUAAGGUCUCCCCUGGCUCAGUUAAUUGGAAGAUGGCAAACCGGCCCCCAAUAAAACUACCAUUCAGAAAAGUUGAAAACUGUAAUCAAGUUUUGAAGAUCGGGAAGGACAUACAUUUUUCAUUGGUGAAUAUUGCUGGUACUGAUGUUGUGCAAGGAAACAAGAAAUUGAUCUUAGCUUUUCUCUGGCAAUUGAUGCGGUACAAUAUCCUACAACUGCUGAAGAAUCUUAGAUUCCGUUCGAAUGGAAAGGAGAUGACGGAUGACGACAUACUGUUGUGGGCUAACAAACAGGUUAAGGAUUCUGGAAAGCAGUCUCGGAUGGAAAGUUUCAAGGCUGUGGCUGCCACUGUCUCCGGCCUUGUCGAGGAGGCGUCGUCGCCAUGUUCGGGGGUGGCCGCACAGGUAGUGGUGGCGUUAUAGCAAUGUGGACCGCGCGGCAUCGCUAGGCUGGCCUGCGCGCCCAAGGUACCAUGUUGGUAGCGCUUCGGCUUCGCAUGCCACGAUGGGGAUGCGCGUGAUCUGAUCUCAAAUCUAUUCGUGGACGAAUGUCAUCUCUGUUAGAUCCAACGUGUGUUGGGCAUUGCUACCUUUGCUGCUAUCAGAGGACGGCUGUGGGGCUUUCGUCCAUUGAAGGUAGUUGGAUCGGUGGUUCUUUCUCCGUCAUGCGUGGUCUUUGGGUGGUGUUGCAUGCCGAUGGAGAUGGUGUGCUUCCUUCUGUUGCUCUGGCCUAAAUUGUUUUUUUAGAGAAACCAUGCGCUUUAUUGAUCAAAUAAUCAUAAUGUCAUUACACAAAUUGCCUCUUGGAUACCAACAGGAGGAACACCACGCCACACGGCAUCUGAAGAAAACUCACACUCUCUAGCUAAGUUGUGUGCAGCAACAUUGAGCACACCAUAGACAUGAUGAAAAACACAAGAUUCAAGGGAUUUGGCCAGCUUCACAUCUUCAAUCACCGGGCCGCACAAAGAACGAUCAGACAUGGACGAUCCAAUACGUUGCACAACCAGGCAGUCUAAACCAAUAAUCACCCUCAAGAAACCCUCAUCCAGAGAAAAGGAAAUAGCGCGACGAAUCGCGAGGGCUUCCACCAUCUCCGGAAUGAUAACCUCAUUAAUUUGCUCUCCACAGGCAACGAUAAUAUUGCCAUUAUGAUCACGGACAACAAUACCGACACCCAUAUUCCUUGUAGAAGCAAAAGUAGCUUUAUCGACAUUAACAAAAACCGUACCUUCCAGCGGCAGGACCCAUUUUGGUGUUGAAGAAGAAGGUUCACACCUGUUGAGAGGUGGCGGUUUGUACAAAAAUGUGGAGAUCAAUUCAACAUACACUUUGAUCUUUGCGGCAAUACAACUGGGAUUUAACAUGCCUUCUCCCUCGCGGCUUUUGUUCCGAGCAUCCCAUAUAUGCCAAAAUGAAACCAUCAGAGAAUGGUAGCUUCAGCUCCUGAGCACUAAUCCAUGAAAUAAGGGUCCACACCCUCAACUAAGUGAAAACCCUGCGACGUAGAUGAAUCACAUGAUCAGACUUAACUUCUUGCCAAACCUUAGCGGCAAAAGGGCAGAACAGCAGGGCGUGCUCGACAGUUUCAUGUUGAUUACAGUAGAUACAUGCUGACGAGACCGGGAUGUGACCUUUCUGUAGCUGAUGACCACAUGGGAUACAAUUUUGAGAAUUUGAGCAAAACGCUAAAGAGUUAUCUUCAUUUUCCCGGUGCCUUGCUAGCCCAGAGUUUCUUCCAAAUCUUGGAAUUAUCCAUGACAACAGAUAAAGAUCCCUGACCAGUCUUGCUACAGUCCCGCGCCACACAUUCAGACCUAGCCAAUUGGUUAGCUGACCGAACAGAAUAGUGACCGAAAUGAGACAAUGGCUAGGAAGCAAAAUCCUCACCGCCAUAUUGGCUUGUCGGCACCUGCAAGAUCUUUACAGCGCCGUCCUCACUAAAAAUGGCGCAAAUGAGAUCUGCAUCCCAUGUUCUGCAUCCAACCAUCAUCAAUGUAUCGAUAGUUUGGUCUUGAUGGAGAGGCACCUGAGGCCAUAGUGUAUACGUAGGUACACCAGGAAUCCACUUAUCUGUCAAGAUUUUGGUUUUCUCAUCAUUUCCAAUACCGCAGUGGGUUCCGUCAGUAGCAUGCCAAACUGGACACUCCUCUAGGUGUAUGAUGAAGUCCAAGGUUUUGGAGCAUCCCAAAAAUCACACUCAGGGUAAUACCAUCCUUUAAGGACUCUAGCACAUAGGGAGGUAGGAUCUAUCAAUAAGCGCCAACAUUGACGGCCCGGCAUGGCUUGGUUGAAUAAUUUAAGAUCACGGAAACCCACCCCUCCCAGAGCUUUUGGAGUUGAUAACCACUCCCAAGAAGGCCAAUGAAUUUUAUUUUUUCCAUUCUCAGACCCCCCACCAUUGGUUUGCAAUCGAUCUACGCUCGCAAAUGGAGACGGGCGCUUGAAAGCAGUUCAUCACAUACGUUGGUAUAGCCUCAAUAAUUGCCUUCAAUUUUUUUUCUAUUCUAGCCCGAGAUAGAGAGAGCGAUCAGAGCAACCAUUCAUACGCUGCCAAAUAUGGUGAAGAAGGAACUUGAAGGUGCGGACAGGGGAUCUCCUCACCUCCGUUGGCAUUCCAAAAAUGUUCCAUGCAGGGCCUCAGAAUGAGAGACGCCGCCCCGGACCCCUCGCGUAACCCCUCCCGUGGUGCCCCCCAGGGCGCCGCCGGGGGGCCGAUCUCCCUCCUUUCGCCGCCCCUCCCUCCGUUUCUCUCCCUCCGCCGCUGCCGUCGGCGCUGGCCACGGUGGCGGAGGGCCCCGGUGCCAAAGUGCCCAGGGGGUUGUUGGAGGCGGCGACCUCCAGCUUCGGCUGCUUCGCGUCUAGGGCGGCGUCCCUGGAUGUGCGGCGGCGGCUCCUCCUCCACGGCCUCUGGCGAUGGAUGGUGGUGGCGGCGGCUAUUGGAUCUUGUGCCUGCCGAGAUCCAUCGUCGGCUUCUGCUGGCGGCGCGAGGAAGGGGGCGGCGAUGUGCGGGGCGAGGAUGAAGACCUACCGGAUGCUGAUCCUUUUCAUCUAGCCGGAGUGUUGAGUUCCGGAAGGCUCCGUCAGUGAAUGCAUCAGCGCAUCUUUUGUGAUGAGGUCUAAGACCCCGUAACAAUAAGUGGGAAAUAGGGAGGGGGGAGGAUCAAGUCUGCCAUUAAGUAAGCCUUGUAGUUCACCUUGGACCUCCCUAUGUUGCAAAAGAAAAGAUAAUCCCUCCGUGCAAAGAAGAAAGAGGUAGGGACUGAUUGCCCCCUGCAUAUAUAACAGCAGUGAUACAUCUCAUCACAA